GCUUUCGCGUCGACGCGUUCACUUUCCACACAACCACUCAUCGUCAUUGCAAUGGCUCUUUACGACGAGGAUACCGAAAUGAUGGAUGUUGAUGCCAUACCUACGUCUGCCAAGGGCAAGGGAAAGGCUGUUGACAGCGACGCCCGGCCCUAUGACGAUGAAAACCUACCAUGGGUCGAAAAGUACCGUCCGGUCACUUUGGAUGAUGUUGUAUCACACAAAGACAUAACCAGCACUAUCGAAAAAUUCAUCGAAAAGAACCGCCUACCUCAUCUUUUGUUCUAUGGACCCCCUGGCACUGGCAAGACCUCCACUAUACUAGCAGUCGCGCGUCGUAUAUACGGGUCGGAAUAUCGAAAACAAAUCCUGGAGCUCAACGCGUCAGAUGAACGUGGUAUCGACGUCGUUCGCGAGCAGAUCAAACAGUUCGCGGAGACGCGUACUCUGUUCUCUAAAGGCUACAAACUCAUCAUCCUCGACGAGGCGGACAUGAUGACCCAAGCAGCCCAAGCAGCUCUUCGUCGAGUAAUUGAACAGUACACCAAGAACGUUCGUUUCUGCAUCAUUUGCAACUACGUCAACAAGAUUGCGCCAGCUAUACAGAGUCGUUGUACUCGUUUUCGAUUUUCACCUCUUCCUAUAGAUCAGGUGGAGAAGAGAUUGGUAACAGUUGUGGAGGCCGAGAAAGUCCACCUUACAGAUGACGGCAAGAAGGCUCUGCUAAAGCUUUCGAGGGGUGACAUGCGUCGUGCACUCAAUGUUUUACAGGCGUGUCAUGCUGCCUAUGACAUUAUCGGGGAAACCGAAAUCUACAACUGUACUGGGAGCCCACACCCUGCUGAUGUGGAAACCAUCGUUAAAUCUAUGCUGUCUGAUGAGUUCACAACUUCUCACCAAAUGAUUUCUGCAAUGAAAACCGAGCGAGGACUGGCGUUGCAGGACCUUAUUACGGGAGCUUACGAGUUCAUCGAGCACAUUGAACUGAAGCCGGCUGCUCGCAUCUAUCUCCUUGAUCAUCUCGCAACAACAGAACAUCGUUUGUCCACUGGUGGUAGCGAAAAGAUACAGCUGACGGCGCUUCUCAGUGCUUUCAAGAAUGCAGUAGAGCUGUCGGCCAAGUAACAGCGUACUCAUUAUCCCUCUAAAUACUUUUAUCAUGCAAUAAAGAUACAGCUAGUGCUAGGACAGUAUAUUCUUUCCGCGAUUUACAUAGCUGGCAAAACUUGGUCUGGCAUCCAUU